AUGGCGAAAUCUACUGUGGGCGUUAUCGCCAGGCGCUCUUCGAUGUUCUUUCUCUUGAACCUCAUGGCCAGCCUUCAACCAAGCCAUGCUUCCACUUUCGAUCCAUUAGACCUACUCCCACGGGGUUCGAGCUCUUGUCCUAGCUCCUAUGAUACUUGCGGUGGUAGUCUACCUGAUACCUUCUGCUGUCCUUCCUCAUCCAUUUGCAUCGGCCUCGACGACGCCAGCUCCGCUAUCUGCUGUCCCUCCGGGGCGAGCUGCGACUACAUAUCACCGAUAGUCUGCGAUGUACAGGAACAGAACGCAACUGCACAUCCCAAAAAUUCCGUCAAGACAACCAAGCUCGACAGUUCCCUUCCCACAUGUGGAGAUGCCUGUUGCCCAUUUGGCUACACAUGCCAGGGGAACAGCACCUGUGCUCUGAACCAGAAGACCUCAAGCACAGCGUCAUCGACUUCCCAGGCUUCAUCAACCUCCACGUCCACCGCCACUGAUACUACUGGCGCUACAUUCACACCCGUCGCUUCGCCCUCUUCUUCCGCCUCUCAAGACAAUUCAACUACCGCGCUCGCCUCGUGCCCGUCGUUCCCAAGCAAAGCUGUGGUAGCAGGCUUCUUCCCUGGCGCACUCUUCGGCGCCAUCUUCGCCGUCCUCAUAGCAACAUGUCUCCGCCGCCGAUCUCACAAGAAGGAUCUACAGAAUCACGAUCCAAAGGCUGGCCUACAUUGGUCCCAACGCUCUUCAUCAGGCGCCGUCAUGGGAAUCUCCAGCCCAAUCGCUAGUGAGGAUAAUUCAUACCGUACAGACUUCCUGUUACGUCCCUCUUCGUCAAGGCGCACAUCGACAGGAGGACGAUCAAUGCUACACCGGACCGGUUCUAGGGUCAAGAGCCUUUUCUCUGGGCAACCGAGAAUGGACAAAGACGUCCCUCCGGUUCCUGAUGUGCAUGUGCAAUAUCCAGUCACUCCACCCGGCCAGCGCCAGGCCAGCACCGAAAGUAUCAAAGUAUACUCACCACCGGGGGCAUUUUCACAGUCGAGAAAGUUUCUAGGCCCUGAGCCGUACCCUGGGACGAUUUCGCGACCCGAUACGACAUUUACAGAUCUGGUGCAAGCUGUUGGGUUUAAUGAUGCGAAGGGGAAUCCUUCGUACAAAGUUAGGGAGUCGCCAGACAAAGAAUUGAGGCCAUGA